AUGCAAACCCCAUGUAAAAUCAACCCCAUUGGCGGAGCAAACGAAACUCACAAAGUCGACUUCCUCGUUUUCAUCGACACAAAUUAUAUUUUUCACCUCACAUUUCACGGAGGACGAUUUGAUUUGAUUGGUCUGAAGAUGGAUUCCGCAGCCAUGACUUUUUGCAGUAAAUCUAUAUGCUCAGCUCCCGGUUUAUUCAUGAGGAGGACAAUACAAAUUCAAAGCUCCCAAUGUAGCUUUAUCGUAGGAAGUAAGGUUAACUACCCUCAACAGAGAGUUUGGGCUUCUUGUGUUGGUAGAUCUAGCAAACAUGGAGGUGCUCUUGCUGCUACGUGCGCUAAUGAUAAAAUCCUAGUGGCUAACAGAGGAGAGAUUGCUGUUCGUGUGAUUCGGACUGCUCAUGAGAUGGGGAUCCCUUGUGUUGCAGUUUACUCAACCAUAGAUAAAGAUGCUCUUCAUGUGAAAUUGGCUGAUGAAUCUGUUUGCAUUGGAGAAGCGCCAAGCAGUCAAUCGUAUUUGUUGAUUCCAAAUGUCUUAUCUGCUGCCAUCAGUCGUGGAUGUACUAUGCUACAUCCUGGAUAUGGUUUCCUAGCUGAGAAUGCAGUUUUUGUUGAGAUGUGCAGAGAACAUGGUAUCAACUUUAUUGGGCCAAAUCCUGACAGCAUUAGGGUCAUGGGUGACAAAUCUACUGCCAGAGAUACAAUGAAGAAUGCUGGAGUUCCGACUGUCCCAGGAAGCGACGGGUUAUUACAGAGUACUGAAGAAGGAGUGAGACUUGCUGAAGAGAUUGGUUUUCCUGUCAUGAUCAAGGCAACUGCUGGUGGUGGAGGACGUGGAAUGCGUCUUGCUAAAUUGUUGCAGCAAGCCAAGAGUGAAGCUGCAGCGGCAUUUGGUAAUGAUGGUGUUUACCUGGAAAAGUACAUCCAGAAUCCAAGGCAUAUUGAAUUCCAGGUUUUGGCAGACAAGUUUGGUAAUGUUGUGCACUUUGGAGAGCGUGAUUGCAGUAUCCAGAGAAGAAAUCAGAAGUUGCUGGAAGAAGCACCUUCUCCUGCACUAACACCAGAGUUGCGUAAAGCAAUGGGUGAUGCAGCAGUUGCAGCAGCAGCAUCGAUAGGGUACAUAGGUGUUGGUACUGUCGAGUUCCUUCUGGAUGAAAGAGGGUCCUUUUACUUUAUGGAGAUGAACACUAGGAUUCAGGUUGAACAUCCCGUUACAGAAAUGAUUUCCUCUGUUGAUCUAAUUGAAGAGCAGAUCCGUGUGGCUAGGGGAGAGAAACUUCGGUACAAGCAGGAAGAUAUUGUGCUCCGUGGACAUUCAAUUGAAUGCCGCAUUAAUGCCGAAGAUGCUUUCAAAAAUUUCAGACCUGGACCAGGAAGAAUAACAGCAUAUUUGCCAUCUGGAGGUCCAUUUGUGCGAAUGGAUAGCCACGUUUAUCCUGAUUAUGUGGUUCCACCCAGCUAUGAUUCCUUGCUUGGAAAGCUAAUCGUUUGGGCUCCAACGAGAGAAAGGGCAAUUGAACGCAUGAAAAGGGCUCUUGAUGACACCAUUAUUACAGGGGUUCCAACAACAAUUGAUUACCAUAAGCUUAUCCUUGACAUUGAGGACUUCAAAAAUGGAAAAGUUGAUACUGCUUUUAUUCCAAAGCAUGAAGAAGAAUUAGCCGCGCCCCAGCAUAAUGACUUGGCAAAGCCUUCUACUUGA